ACUGGAUUUUGGUGUUGCGAGCGAUGCAUCCAGCGCGGGGUAAGUUGCGCUUUACCCCGACCCCCAAAAAAAAAGAGUCAAAAACUGUGCAAAUGAGAGAUCUUAAUGCUCCACGACGUCUGAAUGAAGAUUUCUUAAAGUAUGUAAAAAGUGACGAUUGUUCAGAUGAACAUCUUCUAGGUCUGAACGAUUUGUCUCCUUUUCUUGACAUAAAUUUUCCUGUGGUUUCCGGAUUCAGCAUAGAUGCCAUGCACACAAUGUAUGCCGGGUGCCUUAGGCGAAGGUUAAUUGGAAUUGUUUCACUAACAACAGAAGGAAAAUUGAAUAGUACUAGUUUAGCUGCUGUUAAUACCAGAUUGAAGCUUUUCGAAAAAUGCAAACCAUCCGAAUUCGAGAGACAUGUUCGCUCUCUGUCUAAUUGUAUUGAGAAAUAUAAAAUGCAUGAGCUUCGGGAUAUUCUAAUGUACAACCUUUUCCCUGUUUUUUCUGGAAUCCUUCAAGGUAACCAGUUAGAAAACAUAAUGCUAUUGCAGUAUGGCAUGUUGUUGUUGGGUGGGUUUGAUCCAAAGCCAGUUCCAACCGCAGAUAUUUUGGAAGCUACGCGCGUUUUUAAAUUAUACGUUCAACAAAUAAUCGAUUUUGGUUAUCCUGUUCGACCCACCAUUCACGCUAUUAUACAUCUGCCAGAGGAUGCGAACAAUUUUGAAUGUGGAGUUGAAUGCCAGAGCGCAUUUUUGUAUGAAAAUUUUUAUCGUUUUUUCCGCAGAAGUCUAAGAUCCGGUAGUAAGCCAUUGGAACAGUAUAGAAACCAGCUUGUUCGGCGUAGUAAAUAUUUAUUACAAACCGCGUCUGACGGGACAAUAUUAGAGACGGGACAGCAAUUCAAAAUGGAAGUAAAAAAACGAGAGCUAGAACGGUCCGAUAGAAAAAUAGUUCUAAACUUUUCCAUUCGUAACGCCAAAAGUGACAACCCCCAUAAAGUUAUGAAAUUCCCAGAAUUUUCCUUGUCCAACAUGUUCCCAAAUAAUGUUUGCAUGUUAAAAAAUGGAAAAAUUGUGGUGUGUACUGAUAUAGUUGAAUAUCCGAAAGGAAGCAAGAUAUUUAGUAUCGUGGGUUUCAGAUUUCUAACUGUCGAAAACGCAUUUGCAACACCAUACCCAUCUUAUAAAUUCAAAACACAUGUUGUAUCUAAAUUGGAUCAUGCAGUUGAUGAAUGGAAUGUGAAUAGCAUUAUGUGUAAAAUGUAUGCUAUGCCGCUUAAAUUGUCUGAUUAUGGUAGUUUACCGGACAUUACAGUGUCUCUCUCAUCUGAUAAAUGGUUUGUCACACCAGUUAGACAUACGUUAUAAAUUUUUCCGUGGUAACUAGUAUUUAAUAAAAAAAAUUUCACAAAUGA